AAAACGACCACCGCAGUGUUGGGGGACCUCGGGCCGGCCGAGCUGACUGCGCUGAAAUCAUCGAAGGGGGAGUACAAAUACAAAACAAAUGGCGAUACCCCUAGCUCAGGAUUCUACAGAUGUGGGAGUUCGGCUUAGCACUCUCAGUCCCAAGUAUUUGCACACGAAUUCGACAAGUCACACAUGGCCGUUCAGUGCUAUCGCCGAACUCAUCGAUAAUGCUUACGAUCCUGACGUGAAUGCAAGACAGUUGUGGAUAGACGUCAAAAGAUACCACAAAUACAACUACUGUUUAGUGUUCACGGACAACGGGGCCGGGAUGGGUCCAGAGAAAUUACAUAAAAUGCUUAGCUUUGGAUUUUGCGACAAGGUAGCAAAAAAUGGACAUAUGCCAGUAGGACAUUAUGGCAAUGGUUUUAAAUCGGGAUCCAUGCGAUUGGGAAAAGACGCGAUCGUGUUUACAAAAAACGGGGACACCAAAAGCGUAGGGUUUCUUUCUCAAACUUACUUGGAAGCCAUUAAAGCCGAAACCAUUCUUGUGCCAAUGGUUACCUGGGAUUCUGAUGGAAAAAUUGUUCAGAAGUCUGACAAAGACAAAGCCUUACAGGAUAUCCUAACACAUUCAAUGUUUAAACACAAAGAGGAACUUUUUGCUGAGUUUGCUGGAAUUCAAAAUCCCGGUGGUACGCGUAUUAUCAUCUUCAAUGUUCGAACUACUUCUGAUGGCAAACCAGAAUUUGAUUUUUCAACUGCACUUGAUGACAUUAAAAUACCUGAGGAUACAGACUCGGAAAUCAGUAAACUGAAAAGGCAGGAGCGGCAAAAUCACAUUCCAGAGUCAGAUUACUCUUUAAGGGCGUACUGUGCAAUUCUGUACCUAAAGCCAAGAAUGCAGAUAAUACUAAGAGGCAAAAAAGUGCGCACCAUGGUAAUAACAAAGAGUCUCAGUAAGACUGAAAUGGAUUACUACCGCCCUUCCUUGAGGGAGGGGAACACACAUGCUGGAGCUUUAAAUGGGCAAAAGACUAAAAUCACAUUUGGUUUCAGUCAAAAUAGAAAUCAUUAUGGAAUAAUGAUGUAUCACCGCAACAGACUAAUCAAGCCGUAUGUCCGUGUUGGUUAUCAGUUAAAGUUCAGAUAUAUAGCCACAAUAGCAGCUUUGGGGUCCAAGCUCAAUGACUACUGGAAUGAGAAAAAAGGUCCUCAACGUGCCAACAGCAAGGAACCCAUUCCAGAGCCUGUUGAAGUCCAACAACUUCCUGACCAAAGCUGGGUUCAAUGUGAUGAUUGCCUUAAGUGGCGCAAACUGCCUCAUGGAACAGACCUUGCUAAACUUCCUGACAAGUGGUAUUGUAAAGACAACCCAAACCCUAAAAUCAGAUCUUGUAGCAUCCCGGAGGAGAAGGAAGAUGAAGUUGAACAGGCUUAUGUCAAGACACAAAAGAAGCGCUUGGAAAAAGAGAUGGAGGAUAAAAAGCGUAAGGAGAAGGAAAAAAAGGCUGAAGAGGCAAGAAAGGCAGAAAUACAACAAAAGACUCUGGAGAGAAAAGAGGCUGAGCUGCAAAGGUUGAGACAACAGCUCUCUGAAAUGGAGUCAGCACAGGAACCAUCAAUCAUGCAAACGAUUGAAAAGAAUAGCGCAAGACAACAGCAAGCCAUCAGACAGCAGGUAAAAGGAGAGCAAAAGUCACCUCAGCCACUGAGGAUAAAGCUGAUUCAAUCACCUUCAGACAAUCUGAAGUCAUCUUCAGGGCAACCUCACACUCAGGUCGUGUCUGGUAAUAUUCGGGUGUCUAAUGCUCCCAAGCCACCAUUGAUUUUAAGACGAAAUGUAAACCAACAACAGCAACAGGCGUCUGUCAAGGUUGUCAAAGUUUUCUCGUCUGUUCCUUCCAACCAGUCACAAACUGUUUCAAAGCCAUUGGUGCAAAUUGUGCCAAAUCCUCAAGGACAAGUUGAACAGCAGACCCCAAAGGUUGUAUCUGUACAGUCGUUACAGCAACAAGUCAGUCAAGGGCAGUCAACAGGACAGCAGAAGGUUGCUGUUCAGAAUAUGGUGCUCUCAUCAGGGCAUAAAGUUCACCUGACCACACCCAUCUCCCAGUCAAGCACGCCAACUUCAUUCCAGGUGAGGGCGUUGCCUAUUCAACCGUCGCAACCUCCAAAGCAGCAACAGGGUACAGGCGUAGUCACCCUUCAGACAACACCAGUAUCACAUAACCAGGUUCCUCAGCAAAGCAGUACUCCCCUAAAAUCACCAGCCAUAUCAACUAGCUACAAACCUUUAGAGUCAUUACAGGAAGUGAACAGACAAGCAACACAAGCCUCAGUGGUAUCGCCAGUGUCUGCUGUAAUCCCUGAGGUCAAUCCCCCGACAAAACAGUCACCUACUGAACUCAGAAAUCACGUGACAAUGCAAGACAGAUUUCGGUACAUUGCACCCUCGCCACAGACACAGGUAGCGUCUGUACCAGUGUCCUCUGCUGCAGCUGGCGCGGUAGCUCAGCCUGUCCAGACACCAACUGUUAAACCCACAGUCAAAAUUGGUGCUCAAUCUGUUGCGUCAACUGCCAAUCAAGUAUUGCAGGUCCAAAUUAAACAGGAACCAAAACCAGCAGUCCCUGUUAGCCCCAUGUCAUCAGGGCCUGGUAUUCAGAUAUCUCAGGUGCAUUCUGGAACCCCAGCAGUAGGUGCAUUUACAGGUCUUACUUUGGAAGUAAAAACUGAGAAAGCCGACAGCCCUUUGGUGAAAGGGAAUAAGAGAGCGCAUGACAGUGACGAUGACGUCAUCGAACAACCAGUGCCGAAGAAACCACGCGCAGAGGAAAUUAUUUUAAUCGACUCUCCACCCCCGGCCCCUCCUUCUGAGGAAAAGCCUACAGAGGGACUACCCGACAGUGACGGAGCGGCUGUAGAAGGCGUCGAUAAUGACUUGAUCGUCAAGCUCAGUAAACUGAACAAAGAACAACAGUGGAUAACGCUGGCACAAUCUGCGCAACAGCUCAGAAAUCUUCGCGAUAAUGUGUGCAAACUGUUAAGAGUUCUUGUACCGGAAAUAGACCUGGGAGAAAAAUCGGAAAUUCUGGACGAUACUACCAUCGACAAUCUUUUAAAACAAGUUCUUGAGGCUAAUGUGAGCCCAGACGUUGCACAGGCCACAUAAGGCCACCAACAACAAAUUUUUGCUUUCACGUUUUUCAUUUAACUCGAGAUAAAACCACUGAUCCUUUUAACGGUGACCCUGUGUUUUUAAUUUGAAUGUACCUUUACUUUUCGUCGGUGUUGCAAAGCAACCAAAGUGUUUAAGAUGAAAUUUUUUAUAAGCAGUGCUUUUGAUCUAAUUCCGUCUCCGAAAAUGUGGACGCUUAAAAAGAACAACAGGACCGUGCGAACAUCAGGAACGAUGACAGUAUGUGACGUUUCGUUUGUGAUGGUUGACCUCGUUGUUCCUCAUCAAUCGUUCGAGUCACAGACUUACAGCGAGUUUUCUUUUAAUAAAGUCGGUAAAACACGUCCAAGUCA